AUGCACACAAAAGCUGUCCCGGCGGUGCUCCAACUGGCUGCGUGUCUCAGCCUACUCGCAAGUGGUGGCUAUCAGCAUGCAAUAGGCAAUGACUAUUUGAUAGGAAUAUGCCAGAGCACUGUCUCGAAAUUAACGGGCAAUGUUUUGGAAGAAAUUGAAGCCAAAUUGUGUCCUAAACAUAUUAAAUUUGAGCCAGAUGAUUCGAGAAGGUGCAAAGAUUGGUUUGUUGAGAACUAUCAAAUUCCAGGAGUGGUUGGAUGCAUUGAUGGCACCCACAUUGGACUACAAAAGCCCACGGUCAACGAGCACAUGUAUUUCAACAGGAAGGGUUUUCAUAGCAUAAAUGCGAUGUUGAUUUGCGACCACACUACGAAAAUUCUCGCAAUAAACUGCCAAUAUGGGGGUGCAGCCCACGACUCAUUCAUAUGGAAGCAUUCAAACGAACGAAUGGUUAUGGAACAUCGUUUUUUGCACAAUAGGAGUGACAAUGCCUGGCUGCUAGGGGACUCUGGAUAUCCACUUGAGCCGUGGUGCAUAACACCGUACAGAAAUCCAUCGGACGGAUCAGGUGAAGCAAGGUUCAAUGAAAUUCAUUCCAAGGCACGGUGCAUCAUUGAACGAACUAAUGGUGUACUGAAAGGUCGGUGGAGAAUCCUAGAAUACAACAAAAGAGGAAAAUAUGAUCCUAUAAAAGUGGCUAGGUUUGCGAAUGUGUGUGCAGCGCUUCACAACAUUUGUAUACAAUUCAAUGUGAGCUUUACAGCAACAAAUUCAGAGAGUCAAACCGCAUCUGACAUAGUGUCUGGAGAAGGUCAGUAUACUAGAAUCGGCCAAACAAUCAGAGAUCAAAUUAAAAUCUCGUUGAUGAACUCGACAUAA